AUGAACAACAGUGUGACCAAAUUCAUUUUGCUUGGAUUGACACAAGAUGGAGAUAAGCAGAAGGUGAUAUUUGCAAUCUUCUUGGUUCUAUACCUAAUGACUCUGUUGGGGAACUUCGUCAUCCUGGUGACCAUUAAAACAAGCCAGACCCUCGGCAGCCCCAUGUACUUUUUCCUCUUCUACUUGUCCUUUGCUGAUGCUUGUUUCUCCUCAAGCACAGCCCCAAGACUGAUUGUGGAUUCCCUUUCUCAGAAGAAGAUCAUUUCCUACGAGGAAUGCAUGACCCAAGUCUUUGCAGCCCAUUUCUUUGGGUGCAUGGAGGUCUUUGUGCUCAUCCUCAUGGCCUUUGAUCGCUACGUGGCCAUCUGUAAGCCUCUGCGGUACACAACCAUCAUGAGCCAACGCGUCUGUGGCAUGCUGGUGUCCCUGGCCUGGGUGGGAUCUUGCAUCCAUUCCUCCGCACAGAUUGCCCUGGCUUUGCAGUUGUCCUUCUGUGGCCCCAACGUGAUUGAUCACUAUUUCUGUGACUUGCAGCCCCUGCUGAAACUCGCCUGCAUGGACACAUAUGUGAUAAACUUGUUGGUGGUGUCUAAUAGUGGGGCCAUAUGCAUGGUGAGCUUCAUAACUCUGCUCAUCUCCUACGCAGUUAUCUUGUACUCUCUGAGAAGCCACAGCAGAGAAGGAAGGCAGAAAGCCCUGUCCACGUGUGCCUCCCACUUCACUGUGGUUGUCAUAUUUUUUGUUCCCUGUAUAUUUAUAUACAUGCGUCCAGCAACUAUAUUUUCAGUGGACAAGAUUGUGGCCGUGUUUUACACGAUUGGCACACCCUUACUCAACCCUCUCAUCUACACUCUGAGGAAUUCAGAAGUCAAAAGUGCCCUGAAAAAGUUGCUGUGUGGUAUAACUUCUGUUGACACAUGA